AUGGGCCCCUGUACCGCCUCCUCAUGCUGCUGCCAGGCCCGUAAUCUGCCAUGGGCCCCCGUACCGACUCCUCAUGCUGCUGCCAGGCCCGUAAUCUGUCAUGGGCCCUGUACCGCCUCCUCAUGCUGCUGCCAGGUCCAGAGUGUCUCAUGGGUCCCUGUACGGCCUCCCAUUGCUGCUGUCUCCAUCGCCACACUACUGCCAUGUGCCACUUUCAGGUCUCCUCACACUGCUGGUGGGUUCCAUUUUUGUCAUAGGGUGCUGUAUGGCCUCCCAUUGCUGCUGCCUCCACCGCCACACUGUGGCUCCACACUCUGGUUUUGGCCCCGUGACUGCCCAAAUGAGUGAAGUGUGCGGUGAUUCUAAGAUCGACGGCACUCAUCUGCAUGUCAUACUGACUGACAGUAUUAUUUCUCUUCCCCAGCAGACUCCAAGGGCAUUUAAAUUAAAGGUACAGUGUUCUGCACUAAUAUAA